ACAGUUCUUAAUCCUUGCACAUUCUUGAAAUAUUAACCUAGAGCUACAUUUAACCCACUUGUUAGACUUUAAACCACAGUGCAGUGACGUAACAUAAAAGUCUGAGCUUAUUAGUUGUGCUGUACUCACAUGCAGCCAGAGAUCAACACACUCCCCUUUUGUCUAGUUUAGAAGCGCCUCCUCAUUUGAAAACAUUCCCAGGCGUCUUAAAUGUAUCGGAUCUCCAGUUGCUGUCUACUGUUCGAACUUUAGAGGUAUGGUGAGAGCACUGAGUGUUCCCGCUCUGGGUCUAUUAGCCUGGCUAAGCUUGUUCUCCUCAGAGCCUGUGCAGGCUGGAAAGGUGCUUGUCAUACCAGUGGAUGGCAGCCACUGGCUGAGCAUGAAGAUCUUGGUGGAAGAGUUGUCUCAGAGGGGUCAUGAGAUGGUGGUCCUGGUUCCUGAAAUCAGUUUUCUGAUUAGGGCGUCUGCCAAUUACACCACUAAGUCUUUCCGUGUGCCCUACACCAUUGCUGAGCUAAAUGCCAACUUGGACCACAUAAGGAAGAAUGCGUUUGAGAGGCCUCCACAAUUUACUGAUAUUUUUGUGAAUUUGGGGAACCUGAUAGAGUUCACAAAUAUGCAGGUGAAAGGCUGUGAAGGGCUGCUGUACGACGAGCCCCUGAUGAAGAGUCUAAGAGAGACGGGAUUUGAUGUUUUGCUCACCGAUCCUUUCUUACCGUGUGGGACUAUCCUUGCCGAUUCCUUCUCACUUCCCGCCAUUUAUUUCUUGCGUGGAAUUCCCUGUCGGCUUGAUGAGUCAGCCGCUCAGUGUCCCUCGCCUCCGUCUUUUGUCCCGCGCUUCUUCACCGGUUACUCAGAUAAGAUGACUUUCCCUCAGAGAGCAAGAAACAUGAUUAUGACAGUUUUUGAAAUGUUCCUUUGCCGUAAACUGUUUGCCAGCGCUGAUGAACUUGCCAGUAGAUAUCUGCAGAAGGACACUACAUACAAAGAGCUAUUAGGACAUGCUGCAGUUUGGCUUCUAAGGUAUGACUUUACCUUUGAGUUCCCCAAACCUCAAAUGCCAAACAUGGUCCAUAUAGGGGGCAUCAACUGUGCAAAGAGGAGUCCACUGACAAAGGUAAGAUGUUAAUAAGCAUA